UCAGAAUGUUCUGGAUAUCUUGGAAUGAGAGAUUGUUUGCUUUCGGACUUAAGAAAGUCAUUUCCUGAACUGUUUGGAAGCAAUGUAAAUCUUCUGUCGCCUGGUAGACCCUCUAAACUCCGGAGUUCUCUGAAUAUGACAGAACAAACACUGAUCCUUAACUGGCAACCGCCCCCUGACAGCAGCAUUUGGGACGUGAAGGGUUUUUUCCUGACAAUCCAUGGAGUGGAUGGACUGGCCAGCGGACUACGUCAGUGUGUCGUCAUACGGCUCAGCAGGCCUCUAAACGCUACUCACUAUAACACCAAGUUUGAAAUAACCUACCAUCCAGUAUUUGAGUCUUCCAUCUACGAUUUCCGAAUAGUUUCUCUUCCAGUAGCCGAUAUAAAGUUUGACACUAACGAUGAUAUGCUGGCUGCUCGUCUCAGAAUGAAAAUUGGAAAGGCUGCAGAUAAAAACUCACCUGCAGAUUGGACGACACCAAUGACGUGUCACUCAGAUGAUGUCAUGAUCACGGCCGUGUUUUCUCUGCCUCCAAAGCGGUUUAAGAUGACGAUAUUUGACGUCACAGUCGUGCACUUAUCACAAAACAGUUCCCAUCUGUGGGAAAAUUCCAGUAGAAUUUCUUUAUUGGAUGGCAAUUUUGAGACAUUACACCAACUUCAAUGGAAUUAUAGCAGUUUUAAGGAGCCCAUUGGUGACAGAAUAACUAUAUCGCUUCGCCCUGUUGACCGCGUGAUGGGUCUAGGACAAUGUAUUUGUUACAAUGCAAAUAAUUUGUGUUUGGGUGGAUGUGAACAAUCUUCUUGUACAAUUAAAGUAACUGAUCACUCAAAACAAGUGUCAUCAUCAAGUAAAAGUCCUCUCAGAAAUGAUUUGGUUCCAACAAGUCUGUUGAAGGACCAUCUUCUUGCCAUUUCCACAUCGCUGUCACUUCUGUUAGUUUCCAUGGCAACUGGAUUCAUACUUUUCUUUUUACGAAGACACUAUACUUGCAUAAGGAACCAAAAAAGUCCAACAAAGGCAAAUGUGCAACCUAACAACCAGGGUGUUGCUGACGCUCUGACGUCACCAGAUUUUUCUUUGCAACACCAGCAAACUGAUACCUCUAACUUUGCCGGUAGCUUUGACACUUUCUUAAAACCUUCGUCGGAGAUUGAAGAGGGAAGCAUGACGCUCAGUGAACAAAUGCUUCAAAUCAACGAGAACUACCUCAAAGCUAUCAAUCGUACUGGAAGCAAUAUGUCUCUAUACGCCGACAAAGUUAGUCUUGGUGGAAAGAGUGUUUGAACACAGCUGAUCACACUUGAUCAAAGCAGACAGUACCACAUGACUGGUUUAUAAUAGAACCAGAUCGUACUACAUUUGACGGCAGGGAAAACUGCGCAGCUGAGGCAGCGAAUAAUCGGCACCAAACACCUGAUUCCUGACUCAAACCAGCGAAAAAGACAAAGGAAUAAACUUUCUGAUGGUGUUACAUGAAACAAAGAAAUUCCUGACGGGCGCAUCCUAGCAAUUUUGUACGUUUCAUGUUACUAAAUUUUAGUAAUAUA